UCGUUAUUUCCAAACGCUAUGUGCUACAUACUACAGUUCUUGACCUUUACCUCAUUUAACAAUUCCUUCGUGUUAGGAAUAAGGAUUGAAACGAAAUUCGACUCUGAAGGAAAUUUGUUUUCCAGUAUAUUUAAGAAUCGUAACCUUCAAUUUACGUGGACUCAGUUCGUUUGCUAAAGUGCAGCCGCCGACGGGAAAGGAUCUGAGCUUUCAGACACAACCAAAGAGGAAACCCUCCUUUAUUCAAGAGUUAGGAAGUCGCUCUACACGCUAUAAGAUGGAGCUGACUAAAGUAUGGGAACAAGAGAUCAUUCGUCUCAUCCUUCAAUUCUUGAGUGAUCACGGCUAUGGAAGUACUUUAAAAUGCUUGGAAAAUGAAAGUGGACUUUGUUAUGAAACAGAAAAUGUCAAAACGUUUCAAACAGCGGUUCUUUCCGGUGACUGGCAAAUCGCCGAGAGUUGCUUUGCUUUAAUGAAGUUAAGGGACGAAAGCAAAAGAGAUGAAGCACUUUUCCUUCUACAAAAACAGAAAUGUCUAGAGUUAGCUGAAAAGGGAUCUCUUUGUGAGGCAAUCUUUGUUUUGCAAACAACCAAUAAUACUUAUUUUAAUCAAAGCAAAGAGGAAUUGAUCUCGCAAAUAAUGUUUUCGAGAAAAAAAUUCACAGAAUCUGCGCACGGCGUAAAAGACAAUCGUCCUGCUUUAUUAAAUGAACUCUCACUCUACAUAAGCGCUGACAUUAUGAUGCCGAAGAAUCGACUCUUAGAACUUUUGGAACAGGCAAAGAACCACCAGAUUUCUUCUCAGUGCUAUCAUAAUGUUUUAAAAAACUUUACCUUUCUUUCUGACUAUCAAGCCGAACCUAGUGAAAUUCCAACAAAGGAAAUACAUUGUUUUGACGAUCAUACAAGCGAGGUUUGGCAAAUUUCUUACUCAAAUAAUGGCAAGUAUUUAGCUUCCGCUUCGCAAGAUAAAUCUACCAUAAUCUUUGACUUGGCUAAUAUGAAGAUGCUACACCGACUAAUCGGGCACAGUAAAGAGGUUGCUUAUGUGAAAUGGUCCCCGGAUGAUCGAUAUUUGCUUACUUGCUCUAAUGACUACUCGGUUAUACUUUGGGAUGCGUUUACCGGAGAGAAGAUCCGACAUUUAAAAGAACAUACUUACUUCGUCAGCUGCUGCUGUUGGCUACCAGAUGGCUUGUCUUUCAUCACAGGCUCUCCCGAUAUGACCAUUAUACAUUGGUCAUUAACUGGUGAGAUCAUGCAUAAAUGGAAAGAUGUCAAUAUUUACGAUAUGGCGAUCAAUAAUGAUGGCACAAAAUUGUAUGCUGUUGGGUACCAGAAACAAAUGGAAAGUGAAGAUAAGCAUAUUGCCGUUUACUCCAUACCGACGAGAGAAUGUCUUAAAAAAAUUCAUCUUGAAUCCAAGGUGACUUCCAUAUCGCUCUCAAAAGAUUCUCGCUAUGCAUUGACAAACAUCGAGCCACAUACAAUAUUACUUUGGGAUAUACAAGAAUAUCGCAUUAUUCGUCAGUACAUGGGCCAUAAGCUUGGGAACUGGUUGAUUGGCUCAUGUUUCGGUGGCCAAGAUGACACAUUUGUAUUAAGCGGCAGCCAAGAUGAAUUUAUUCGAAUAUGGCAUCGUGAUUCUGGAAAGCUGCUAAGCACUUUACCAGGACACUCGAAAUGCGUGAACUACAUCGCUUACAAUCCAUUGGAUCCGUAUCAAUUUGCUUCAGCUAGUGAUGAUAACACUAUCCGUAUAUGGUCAAACAAAGGCCGUCAAUGAGAAAGCCUUUUUCUGUUCUCAAUUUUUGAAAAAAGAAAAAAAAAACUUUCCAUUUCGUUACGAACGUGAAUGAUAAUUAUCUUUUGUAUGUCUCCGUAAUAUAUAUAUAUAUAUAUAUAUGAUUGAAUGAAUAGAAUGUUUUGUCUAAUCUUCUUAAAACCGUAACGAACUGGUAUAUAUAUAUAGGAUCGUCAUAAACUAGUUGCCAUAGGAUUCAUUAUGUGUUAAUAA